GUGGCGCGUCCAGGCUUAGCUGUCAGUAAGCAGACUGUCUAGUGCGGUGUUGAUUCUUGUGUUUUGUCUGGCUAACACUGAGGAAUCUCCGCGUGAGAGUGACAAUGUAACCGCACGCCUGUACUUCACCUCGAAGAUGGAGUUGAAAGACUCGGGCAGCGUGGUACUGACAGCGUACCAUCCGCACACAUCCUCGCGUACUACGGCCAUCGAACAAACCUGCGCACCGCCGCUGUCAGCCGGGUCGUCCUCACUCAGCAGCAGGAAGGUAAACUACAAAAAGAUUUUUAGGAUGAUCUCUCAGGAGUCGUUGUCUCCCCCCUCCAUUGGACGCUCCAUUUCUCAGGAAUCCCUAGAUAGCACCUCCAUGGAAGAUUACUGGAGUGAAGUGAAGAGCAUAGAAGAGGGUGCUGAUAAUACACAAGAAGACCAAGUAUUUGAAGUCAAAUCUGUUGAUGAAAGUGAGCAGGAUGAAGCUUGGCUAAAUGAAACCGGAUUGUCAAUGUUGGUAUCAGGAGUACCUGAAAAGGACUGUGCAGAAGCUCUGUUGUCCACACUGACUCGAAAACAGGCUGCUGUUGUCCAGAAACGACUGGACAAUUACACACAAACACUGCGCAUGAAAUAUAAGCAUCCUGUCAGAGAUGUUCGGGACAUCUUUUCAGGUGGAGAUGCUCCAACUGGAUUUGGUCCUGGAGCUGAAACAACUAAACCUUCCAAAAGCAUUUCGCUGCCUUUUAAAUUGCCUUUACGGGUUCCAGGAGGGUUGGACACUUGCACAUCCAAUUGCCAGCUGAAUAGCAAAGACAACUCUUUGUCAACAGAAGAACUGAAUCUUGAAGUGCCCUUUUCAGAAUGUGUUUCAAUCAAUGGGAAAACCAUACAGUGCUGUGGUAUCCAUCGAAUAAAGAGGGAUGAAGCUACAUUACCAAAAUUUACAGUUCGUAAAGCUAGACUGGGAUGUACAAUAAUUCGAGACCUGUCACCACAAGAUAUGAAAAAAAUUGCCUGCCUCUCCCUGAUUGAGUUAACGGCUUAUUAUGACGCCCUUGGAAUUGAGCUGAAGAGAAACAGAGCAGUUCGCGUUAAAGCACGAGAAACCGGACUUUUCGGUGUCCCUCUGUCAACUCUAAUAGAAAAUGACCAGAAGAAGUUUCCUGGUUCCACAGUGCCACAGAUAUUUAAAAAGUUGCUCUCCAGGUUGGAACAGACGGGUCUACAGACUGAAGGCAUUUUGCGAAUACCAGGGUCAGCGUCAAGGGUAAAGAACCUUCGUCAAGAAUUGGAAGCUAAGUUUUAUGAUGACACCUUCAACUGGGACCAAGUGAGGCACAAUGAUGCUGCUGGUUUGCUAAAACUGUUUAUCAGGGAGCUGCCAUAUCCUCUUUUAACAGUAGAAUACCUUCCAGCCUUUGCUGCUGUAGAAAAUAUCAGUUCAUCCAGGCUACAGCUGCAUGCUUUACAUCUCCUUAUUAUGUUGCUGCCAGAAGCACACAGGAAUACACUUAAGGCAUUGCUAGAAUUCCUCAGCAAAGUGGUUGCAAAUGAAGACAAGAACAGGAUGAGUCUAUGGAAUGUGUCUAUGAUUGUUGCUCCCAACCUUUUCAUGUACAAAGGCAAAUCUACUAAUCCACAAGAAAUCCAGGGUUCUGCUGGUGGGACACAUCUUGUGAGACUUCUAGUAAAAUAUCAGGACAUUCUAUGGACUGUCCCAUUAUUUAUGAUCGACCAGGUAAGAAAAAUGAAUGAGGCCUCAGCGAACAAAAAGCAACAAACUUCUGACAAAACUAGAAGAAAAUUUUUUCAAAAGUGGAAUGCUGAAAGAGACAAAAUAGAGAGAACAGAGCAGCGUGAAAUACCAGAAGGUGUAAUACGAGUCCAUGCUCCUCUGCAUGCUAAAGUUUCCAUGGCAAUCCAGCUAGACAGUGAGACAAAGGCCAAAGAUGUCGUGGCCCGUUUCGACUGUGAAAACAGCAGUGCAGCUAGUGGUUCAAAGCAGAAACAAUAUCUUUUUGAAGUUGGGGGAAACAUAGGUGAGAGACGCCUGGACCCAGAAACAUUCCUGCUGGAUUUAUACCACGUGAACCCACAAUGUGAAUGGUAUUUUAAACCCCAGACAACUUGAUGCUUUUGCAACCUGUAGAGUUGACGUUUUGACACAGAAAGGUUGUCAAUACCUCGCCAUAUGGAUAAUGUAUUCUUAUUUCAGUGGUAUUCAGGAAUUCACUUCAGCAGAACAGAUGCUGCUUUGAAUAUCUUGCUGGGAACGGCCUGAACUUCAAAGAUGUCAUUGUCAUUGGUGGGAGUUUGUUAACUCCUCUCCUGUGUAGAAAACUCUGGUGACUGUUUCAUGUCAACCUCCACAUGGAAGAAAUUUUUAAAGCAGACAGAACCACUGGGCAAAGGAUGACGAAAUAUGGCCGUGAUCUUUGCACGACUGGAUUGUAUUUGCGACUUGGGUUUUUAGCCAAACACUAAGAGAGUUCAUCUUUCUUUGACAGAGCCAAUCUGUGCCAUGCAAACAUGUCAUAUGCCUUUCGUUGGUCUUCAAGAGGAUACCUCCGAUAUUAUCAGCCGAAUAGCCUUUACCACUGAAGAUAUAAAAACCAUGUAAAAAAGUGUAAAUACAAUAUUUAUUGCACAGAUAUUCUCAUAUUUAUGUAUUAUAAGUAACCAACAUUUUCAAGACUUUUUUUUAUGGAGUUUUAAUGUAAAUAAAAUAAUUACUGUAUAUUUAGGAGAAGAAACACUUCAUCCAGGGAGUCAAUAUGGAAUACUUGCCACCUUAUUCCUGAGUAACAGAACGCUUUACCUUAACAAGAUCUUCGGAAGCAAACAAGGCAACAUUUUCGAAGUGCUGCACAGAUAUUUCUGUCAUAGCAAUUGCAAUAGACGUACUGCGCCGCUAAAGACUUCCAUGUGGUGUUUCAUUAUGAAGCGUUUCUAUCAUUUUCAGGUAAUAUGAACUUCCAUAAGAAUGUACAGAAAGUUUUAACAAGAACGGACCAUUCAGGUCAGCAGAACUUGUCGAUUAUUAGCCGAAUUCUUUGAAAAAACCUUUGAGGUUUGAAGGUCCCCAAAGUGCAACCAUUAACUACAUUGCAUGGUAAAUUAUUCCAUGGGUCUAUUGUUCCCUGACAGAAGAAAUGCUUUUAAUGUUGGGAGAAAUUCAAAUUUGUGUUAGUGCCUGUACAGAAGUGUGUGUCUCAUGUGAAACUCCAUAAUUGCUAGUGACUUUGAACAAGUGAAACUAGACGCAGGAAAAUCAUUCAUUUUGUUCAUUUUGUUGUAUUGUCCGCACACUGUGCUCACUAAGUACUUGGAAACACUAAAGAAUGUAGCAUUUUAUUUUAGUAUUGUUCUCUGCAUAUCAAAUAUGUGCAUAAUGAAUUGUUUCUUUGUGCAUUUCAGUCCAUGCUGCAUCAUGGAGACUUGAGAAAACCAUAAAGGUGUAGCCAACCGUAUCUCCAUCACCCUUGAGGCCUUUCUUCAGCAUUGUAUAUCUCUUUAAAGUAUACAGUAUGUUUAAAGUUUGGAAUAUUCUAGUGAAUGUUUAUCAUUUGGAUCCUAAAGUUCUGAUAUUUUGCUCAUCUUAGCUGAAUUUCUAAAAAAAAAAAAGCAUGCAUGAGCCCUUAUCGACAAUGUCCAUUUUCACUCUUUUAUUAUUAGGGCAUUUAUUGGGCAGUUUUUCAGCCUGCCCUGAAGCUUCAACUCGAAUGCAUCGCUCCAGUUGCCAGUGAUAAGAUGUGCACUGCCAAGCUUUGAAAUGCAAAUGUGUUUUGUGGCAGUUUCCGUGCAGUUUAUUUUUACUUAUGUGCUCCAUCCUUCCUCUUUCAGAGGAAUCGAAUCCAGUUUUAGGGUUGUGGGGAGCCGGCGCACAAACCCAUUUCAGGGCUCCCACAUUCAGCCAUACUGGGCCAAUGUAGAGGUUCCAUUCCACCAAACGUGCCUGUCUUUUUGAUGUGGAAAGAAAUCAAGAGGCCCCCUGAGAAAUCGCAUACUGUCUCAGGGAAAACUCUGAAUGGCAACCCUGGGGCUAAGCACUGCAAUGCCAAGCUACCCACCUGUGUGUGUCUUAGAUAAUACAUCAUGACAUAAUUUGACAUAUGUUAACAUUUGCUCUAAGGUUUCUAGUGAAUGGAAUAAGAAUUUAAUUUAAAAGUGAACUUGUUUGCUCUCUCAUUAGAAUAAAAUGGCAUGUCAUUA